GUCUAAAGAGAUAAAAAGAAAGAAUAUAGCUUUACAUUCCGAUGUUGUGCCGUGAACUACGGCACAACACCAGAUUACCCGACACGCGCUUCGGUUGGCACAGCACGUGACAUUACUGCCAUUUGCUGCUAAAAGCACAUGGCGGAUUCUCCUGGUGGUGAUUUCUGCGGUAACUGAGGAUCAUCGACCUUCAGUGAGAUGGAUGCAAUACUCAACACACUUAAGCAGUUCAGACUGGAGUCUUACUGCAACCAGUUGGUCCAGUUGGGCGUGAAGGAAACAAGAGAUUUCCUGGACAGUGUUACAGAUGAAGAUCUGGACAACAUGGGUUUGAGUCAUGUUGAGAAGAACCGCUUUUCAGCAAUGAAAACCUCCAUUCAAAGAGCCAAGGAGCACCAGGUUCAAACUGGGACGCCUGUACAAAAAUCCAUGGAGUCGUUCUAUCUGAAGUACACAUUCCCCAAAUGUCGUAAACCAAAAACAAUUAAAGAUAUGGAUCCAGCCAAAACCACAGUUGAGGAUCUGAUGAUGAGGAUUUGCCAUCUUGAAAGUGUUGGUAAAUCCGAAGGAGUCUGUCUCUACACCAUCGAUGGGAUGCCCUUGACAGAUGACCCCUUCUUCAACACAUGGUCCUUGAAAGACAGACAUAUUGAAAAUGGAGCUGUGAUGUAUGCCAUGUUUACACCAAAGGACAACCUGAAACAGUUUCCUCUAACACCAAAGCGAGAGGUUGUUGAAACCUAUGGAAGCAAUAUGGUUCGAUGCCACAUCAUGCUCAAGGGAGACUUUGAGUUGAAGGUGAAGUUGGCAAGUGACACAAUAACAAAUCUGAUACUCAAGCUGGCAAAUAAAAGUGGAAUCCCAGCACAUGUUCUUCAUUACAAAGGUCGACGUGGUGGUGACACUCUGGAGAGUUGUGGGAUCUCUGAAGGGUCAACCGUUAACUUCUCUUUGUCCUCAUUUCCUGACGAGACUUCAUACGACGAGACGUUCUUCAUUUAUGAUUUUUUGCCUUCAAUCCCACAAACCCAGAAAGGAAUCAGUGUGUUCUUGUCUUCAGUGUAUGCUGUUAAACAUAAUUAUAAGACGAAGCAACUGCAGAAACUGAUUGCCUACAUACGGAAACUGACUGGAUGUCACCCUCUCGCCCAAAGUCUGCAUCAGUUGUUCUGCAGGAAUGAAAGACUAACCAGGAACCAGAAGAUUGCAGUGGUAGAAGGCUUGUACCUCCUCUUCAGAGAGCUACUUCCUCAGCGUGGAAGACCACAAGGAGAGAAUCUCAUUAAGGACCUGGAUGUCUUUGAGAACUCUCUGUACUGCUGGGCACAUCUCCUAUCAGAAGCAAAGAAACAAUCAGGAUACCCUGAGAACUUUGCACCAAUCACUCUGACGUCUGAAGAUGGCAGCCGCUUCUCUGAACCAGUCAGAGUACCUGGAGUACCCGGAGCCUACGAACGAUCUUAUGUUCGGCAGAAAAUCCAAGAUGGAGAGCAAAUUCCUAAUUGCACUGAAAAGGUUUUGCAAAAGAAGUCGGUGAAGAGAGCCUUUGACAUUGAGAGAGUUCUGCUCAGUCUGCCUCCAUCCAUCAGAACCUACCCUCUUUGGAUUCACCCUGACAAGACGGCUGGACCGAACUUUAAGAUCAACAAUGAGAAGACUUUUGGAAGUAUGGUGGAAGAAUUAAAAUCUCCCGACCAUCAAUACCUCAAUGUGACCCCACCUCUGCGUUUGAAGGAUCUAGGACUGUGUGAAGGACGCCUUGUUCUACUGAGUGAAGACAACAUUGGCGUGAGUGUGAAUGUGGGCAAAGCUUGCCCUGCAACUAUCAACGUUCUUGAUUGUUUGGUUGGCAAAUGCACAACACUGGAUGUGAAUGUGCUGGCAGCCAGGACUGGUGACCAUGGUGAUGGUCGGACAUUUGUCACAACCAGGACUCCAAAAGAGGCUAUACUGGUGCUGAUAGACACAAGCUCCUCCAUGGAGGAAGAGUGCUAUGCAAGUGCAGAAAUACAGAAGAUCCACGCUGUGAAAGAGCUCUUUGACAACUUCGCUACGAGGACCAUGGCUUAUGAUUUUUGUCACAUCAUCGGUCUUGUGAAGUUCGACUCCCUGGUGAAAAUUCUUCACACAUUCACAGAAAAUCUGGAGACGUUCAAGGAACACAUGCGCAACAUUGAAGCAAGUGGAUGCACUCUGCUGUACGACGCUCUGCGACGGGGGGCGUCUGAGCUGGAAGAGGUCAAGACGAGGUUUCCAGAUUGUAGACUCCGCAUCAUGUGUCUUACUGAUGGAAAUGAUUCUGGAUCCUGCAUCGAGCCAGAUGCAGUUACAGCCAAACUGCUGAAAUCUAACAUCGUUGUUGACUCAAUCCUUCUUGGAAAUGUGGAAAAUAACAUGCUGCAUGGAAUCAGCAAUGCAACAGGUGGUUGCUGUUUCAAACCAAAGACAACCAAAGACGGUCUGAAGCUCUUUGAGAUUGAGACGGUUCUGUCAUUGGAGCAGAGGAAACUCAAGGAAACACUUGACCCCUCUUCCAUCAGCAAGCAUUGCCUGACACAAUUCUUUGCUACUCGUGGGUAUGACGAAUGUCCAGAGACAUCCUUGCCAAGUCAGAUCAACAGCAAAGUGACAGCGACUCAGAGUGCUCUCAAAAAGAAGAUUAAGGAGUCCUGGAAGAAGACGCUUUUGGAGAAGGACAAGCGUGUGCUGGAGGAGCUGAAGAGCCUGCACUGUAACCCUCAUCCCUUCUUCAGAGUCUUCCCAUCAGAGUCAGACUUCAUGUUCUGGAGGAUUCUCAUGCAGGGCCCUCCUGACACACCGUAUAAGAAAGGCGUGUUUGAGCUGUACUGCCAGUUUGGUCCUGACUACCCAGCCAAGCCUCCACUCGUCCGCUUUGUCACACCCGUGUACCACUGCAAUGUCAACAGUGUGGGUCGCAUCUGCCACAACUUAUUUGACCGCAACUACAACGCCCACAUCACCAUGAGAGAGAUCCUAGAAGCUGUGUACGGACUGCUGAUCAGCCCUGAGCCUGAGGACCCACUGGACAGCAUUUUGGCUGAAGAAUUCCUGACGAGCCGGGAGACCUAUCAACGAGAGGCUGAGAAACACACAGAGAAAACUGCAGGAAAGUCCCUGGAUGACAUGGACAAAAACCUGGUGGAGCCUGUUCCACAGUUCAUACCCCGACAUCUGAUCUGUCCACUCACCAAGAAGAUGUUUGUUGAUCCUGUGAAAACGGCGUAUGGCACAGUGUAUGAACGCAAGGCCAUUGAGGAACAUCUGAAGAGACACCAUUACGAUCCGUUGGCGGGCCCAGGAAAUGAGCUUGAAAUGAACAACAUCAGAGCCGACCAGGACAUGAAGAAAAGGGUGAUGGAUCAUCGCUCUCGGCAAAUUAGGUUCUAGGUUACAAUAGUGUACCUCAAGUCAAGUUCACAUAUAAAAGGAACCCAGUUACUUUCUUUUUAUCGAUAGUUCCUUUUUGGCGCUUUAUUCAUCCUGUUUAUUGGGAAAGUUUGCAUGUUAUAUCACUCCCUUCCUGACAUCACUUUCCAUAUUGUUUUUAUGCGUGUUUGGGGUUAACUUUUGAUUGUACAAUGUCCUUUUUUCACAGUUUUAUUACUAAACUUUGUUGUCAAUAAAAAGCAUGUUAUAGAGUAUAUUUAAUUCAGUUCAUUGCAUUUGUCUUACUAUUGAUAGAAGAAUAAUCAAGUUGUCAUCGUGCAUUUAAAAGCUUUGAAAAAAUGUAUUAUUGUCUGAAUUUGGCUGAAUUUUGAGCCUUCUGUUUGACAUGCCUUCCAUAGACAAUCGCCACCUCCUUGAGGACAUCACCCAACAACAAAACCUUGUAGCCAUAGGCAUCUAUACGGAAAACAAACAGUUCAUUACUGCCCCCAAUAUACCACUUGAGGGCGCCACAAGUCAGACACAGUGUUCAAGAGACACAGACAGCUGGAUAUAAUCAACAAGUUUUUCCAUGCAGUCCCUCCAACAAGGGUGUCAAGUACGUAAAGCUGUUCUGUGAAAGUUAUAUAUCUGAAUAUAUUUACACAGUAGUAAGACAUCAGACUCACAAUUAUAUUUGGUAGCAUGAUUCCUUGUCGGUUGCAUACAUUGAUUUACUUUUCACAGUAGUGUCUGCAUCCAUACAAAUAAACUCAGUUAUUGACAACAAGGAAAA